AUAAGGAGCAGAGAUAAGAGGAGACGCCAGAACAGGAUAGGGUCAACACUAGAUAAUCAGGGGGCACUCUAACCCCACAUACACCCUCUUCUGAUUAUACUUUCUCAUGGUAACUAUCCAGAGCAUCUGCUGUAGGAUCCCAUAUAUCCCUAUCUCCAGCCCCUGCCCCCUUCCCCCGCAGCACCUACCAGCAUCCUCUGUGAGCCACCGUGGAUGUCCCAGCCAGCCCCACAGGACAUGGCAUCCCGGCCUCUCACCUCCUUUCUCAUCCAGGACAUCCUGGCAGACCUUGGCUGCAAAAGUAGGGACAGACAUUUAGGGGUGCAAGAAGGAAACCAGAGCAAGGACCCCACUGGGGAGUCAGAAAGUGACAGCUGUGACCCAGACACGGAGAGACCCCAAUACUCAGUGGGGGCUCAUCACAUGGAGACUAAAGAAGAUCAUCUGGAAGUAGAGCAGUUGGACUUUGAUGACUCUCAGCAGCCUUCAGCAGAAGAGGAGAAAGUGGCCAGGCAGCCUCCGAAGAGGUCGCGGGCAGCUUUCUCCCAUUCCCAGGUGAUAGAGCUGGAAAGGAAGUUCUCCAACCAGAAAUAUCUCUCAGCUCCAGAAAGGGCCCAACUAGCCAAGAGCCUGAAGCUGACAGAGACCCAGGUGAAGAUCUGGUUCCAGAACCGGAGAUACAAAACCAAAAGGAAGCAGCUGGCCAGUGACCUAGAGGAUCUGGACAAGACCUCUUCCCUCCCCAUCAUGUGUAGGGAUGGGGACCUGAGCAGGACCUCUCUCAUGAGCUUCUAUCAGAACUACCACUGUUACCCCUACCUGUAUUACCUGGCAGGGUGGCAUCCCCCUCUUUGGUGAUCUCAACCACAAAAUAUCAGGACUGUCAAAUCAUAAUAUAUUGGG